UCUAGUCUGUUGACGCAGCUCUGAGGAGGGAGGAGACAAGGAGGAGUCAGCAGAGAUGUUAUAAAAACACCUGAACCGUUGCUCUUUCACCACCUUCCACGCACUCAUUAUCAGGCUUCCCCCUCCCUUGACCGUCCUCUGCGGCUUGUGAAGCAGUGGGUCAAACAACGAACACUGGAGCUGUAAAAUUAACAACGGGGGCUCCCGUUUAAAGCGCAGCAGCAAGCUGACCAGCCAGCGCAGUGUAAUCACUUGCUACUCCCUCUGAAACGACUUUCUGUUUCGGAGAAGUGCAAAUUGAUAUCCCAAAAACCACUGCCGCCGCCGCACACCCACCAAAACAUCAUCCCAAAUCAAAUCAAAGCAAAAUGGUGCAAAAUAAGAUCACCGAGGUCACUGGAUUCCACCGCUCUUUCAACGGGCAAAAUCCCUUUGAAUCUGACAACUUCAUUACAAAUGGAUCCCAUCUCAUUGAUUCAACAUUUAAUUUUGAUUCCUCCCCAAGACAUGACAUACCUUCCAGCCAGCCUAUCGACAUCCCAGAUGCCAAGAAGAGAAACAAGAAGAAAAAGCGUUGCCGGGCAACUGACAGUUUCUCUGGACGAUUCGAGGAUGUCUACAGACUGCAGGAAGAGGUACUAGGAGAGGGCGCUUAUGCCAGAGUGCAAACAUGCAUCAACCUCAUCACCAAUAAAGAGUAUGCUGUCAAGAUCAUUGAGAAAAGACCGGGUCACAGUCGCAGCCGUGUCUUCCGUGAGGUUGAGAUGCUCUAUCAAUGCCAGGGCCACAGUAACAUACUGGAGCUGGUGGAGUUCUUUGAAGAGGAAGACAAAUUCUACCUGGUGUUUGAAAAGCUUAGAGGAGGGUCUAUUUUGGCACAAAUUCACAAGAGACUGCACUUCAGUGAGCAGGAAGCCAGUGUUGUAGUGCAGGACAUCGCCAGCGCUCUAGAUUUCCUGCAUAACAAGGGAAUGGCACAUAGAGACCUGAAGCCUGAAAACAUUCUCUGUAAGAGUGCAGACAAGAUUUCCCCAGUCAAGAUCUGUGACUUUGACUUGGGCAGUGGGAUCAAGCUAAACAGCGACAGCUCUCCUAUUUCCACUCCUGAGCUCCUCACUCCUUGUGGCUCAGCAGAGUACAUGGCACCUGAGGUGGUUGAGGCCUUCAGUGAGGAAGCCACAAUUUAUGACAAGCGCUGUGACCUGUGGAGCCUUGGCGUCAUCCUCUACAUCAUGCUGAGCGGCUACCCACCUUUUGUAGGACGAUGUGGAGGUGACUGUGGCUGGGAAUUGGGGGAACCCUGCCACACCUGCCAGAACACUUUGUUUGAGAGUAUCCAGGAAGGAAAAUAUGAGUUUCCAGAGAAAGACUGGGCUCACAUCUCCUUAAGUGCCAAAGACCUAAUAUCCAAACUUCUGGUUCGGGACGCCAAAAGCCGCCUGAGUGCUAGCCAGGUGCUGCAGCACCCCUGGGUGCAGGGGGGUGCAUCUGACACUUUGCCAACAUCCAUCCUGCAUCAAAGAACCAGCAAUGCCAGGGAUCUGACAUUCUUUGCUGACAAGGCCAUGGCUGUCAACCGGCAGCUGGCCGAACAGGAUGGCAUGGAAGACCAGCAGCAGCAGGAAGUCCCUUUUGUUGUUACCGCUACUGGCUCUUCUAUGCGCCUCACUCCUCCUUCCAACUCCAAGUUGGCCAGGCGCAGGCAGCAAAACAGCCAGCUCAAGGGAGGGCCCGUGUCUGCUGCAGAGCUUUGUCAGCUCUUGGCUCCUCUCGUUAUUGUAGGAGACUGUGCCUGAACUUUGUCAACCCUGACCCCCGACCUUCCGUUUAGAUUAAAGUCCAGAUCUACUCUGAGACUCUUUUGUCACCAUUCUGGCCCCUCUCUCUGACUCUAGCU